CCGAGAGCGACGCGGAGCUGAGCGAGCGGCGCCGGCGCUGUGCAUGCUGGGCUCCGAUCAUGGUGGGCUCGCGCUAGAGGCAGGAAGGGCUCGAGCCAGUCCCCCCCGCCCCUGGCAGCCGCGCGCCUCCCGAUCGGCGAGUCCUGGGGAGAGAAGACACCGACCGGGAAGGGGGCUGGUACCCGCCGGGCGCUCGCUCUGUCCCGCGCCGCAGCGCCCCGGGACCGCUCGCCGGAGGAGGAAGGGGGGUUGCCCCGGGUGCCAGCCGCUGUGGGGGGACGGGAGCGGACCGGACCGGACCCUGCCCCCCGCCGCUGCCCCCCGCGUGCCCAGCCCCGGGAGAUGGUGACACAUGAGGCGCGCUGGCAGGAGCAUGGUUGAAAGGACCAGCAAGUUCUUGCUGAUCGUGGCCGGCUCGGUGUGCUUCAUGCUCAUCCUGUACCAGUACGUGGGGCCGGGGCUGAGCCUGGGGGCGCCCAGCGGCCGCGCCCCGGCCGAGGAGCUGGACCUUUUCCCCACGCCGGACCCGCACUAUGUCAAGAAGUACUACUUCCCCGUGCGGGCGCUGGAGCGGGCGCUCGCCUUCGACAUGAAGGGCGAGGACGUGAUCGUCUUCCUGCACAUCCAGAAGACGGGCGGCACCACCUUCGGCCGCCACCUGGUGCAGAACGUGCGGCUCGAGGUGCCCUGCGACUGCCGGCCCGGGCAGAAGAAGUGCACCUGCUACCGGCCCAACCGCCGGGAGACCUGGCUCUUCUCGCGCUUCUCCACCGGCUGGAGCUGCGGGCUGCACGCCGACUGGACCGAGCUCACCAGCUGCGUGCCCGGCGUGCUGGACAAGAGGGAGAGCGCCGCGCUCAAAGCCCCCAGAAAAUUUUACUACAUCACGCUACUGAGAGACCCUGUGUCCCGUUACCUCAGUGAAUGGAGGCACGUCCAACGAGGAGCUACCUGGAAAACUUCCUUGCAUAUGUGUGAUGGUCGGACACCAACCCCUGAAGAGCUGCCAUCAUGCUAUGAAGGCACAGACUGGUCAGGCUGCACGCUGCAGGAGUUCAUGGAUUGCCCGUAUAACUUGGCAAACAACCGCCAAGUGAGGAUGUUGGCUGACUUGAGCUUGGUGGGCUGCUACAACAUGUCUUUUAUCCCUGAGAACAAGCGAGCACAGAUCCUGCUAGAGAGCGCAAAGAAGAACCUUAGAGACAUGGCCUUUUUUGGCUUGACAGAGUUCCAGAGGAAGACUCAAUACCUGUUUGAGAGAACUUUUAAUCUGAAAUUCAUCAGGCCCUUCAUGCAGUACAACAGUACAAGGGCAGGCGGAGUGGAGGUGGAUAACAACACCAUACGGAGGAUUGAGGAGCUCAAUGACUUGGACAUGCAGCUCUAUGACUAUGCAAAGGACCUUUUCCAACAGCGCUACCAGUACAAGCGGCAGCUAGAGAGGAUGGAGCAAAGGAUAAAGAAUCGGGAAGAGAGGCUUCUUCACCGGUCCAACGAGGCACUUCCCAAGGAAGAGACAGAAGAGCAAGGACGCUUGCCCACUGAGGACUACAUGAGCCAUAUUAUAGAGAAGUGGUAGUCUAGGCAGACUUUUAUACUGAAUGGGGUUCUAGGGUUUCCUGUUAAAAGAUCAUGGAAGUAAAAAUACAAAACCCCCCACAACAGAUCUUUUAUUUAAAAGCAAGUCUGUAAAACAGAAGGUAGCAUUCUUCUUUAAACAAUGGGUCUUUUUACUGUUUCUUACAAGACCAGUGAGAUUCUUUAAAAAAAAAAAAAAAAAAACCUAAAAAAAUAAAAAAGGGUCAACAUUAUAACUCAGAUUUAAAAAUGCACAAAUUCAGCCACUCACUUAUGAGGCCAAAUACAAUGUAAUGUUUCUUAUCCUCCCAAAUUCAGAAACAUGGCAGAGGUAGGAUCUUUUAUUAAUCUGUUUUUCCCCUGAGUCUAAAGACAGAUAUACAAACACACACCUGUAUAUAGAUAGUUUUUUUAAUCAAGGUUUCCCUUUGUUUCCCUUCUGUUUUGUGGGGGGAGGGUAAUGGGUUAUUUUUGUUUUGCUAAAGUAAGGAUAGUAGUGGCAAAGUUGAUUGCAUGCUAAGCUAUUAGGGUAUGAUCUAGUCACGGGGGCAGCUGCUCAGGCUCAAAUGGCAACCACUGUCAAGAAAAUGGAGCAGAAUAAAAAUAAAAGAAGAAAGACAGCAGAGGAUGAGAAACAUUAAAGCAAAUUGACUGUGGCCUAGAAUAUAUACUUAGCACAAUGGUUUUGAUACAUUGCACUGGUGUCGCACACGUAUGCCACUUUACCAUAGUAACAAUAGUUAGUGAAUUCAUGCACAAACAUCCCCAGCUUCUGCUUCACAAAGAAGUUCCAAAAGCCAAAUAAAAGCCAACCAAAUUCCAUGUAGAGUCACAUGCAUACACACAGAUGGAAUCUUGUCACCCCUUCCCAUGUGCAGUACAUUCCUUAAUCAAUGUAACUUGUAAACAGCACAUGAAAAUCCUUUUUUGUACAUAAAACAAGCCAAGCAGAGAGAGAGAAUAGCAUCACUCCCACAUGCACCUGCAUCAGGUAGAGUUCCAGUAAUACCCUGCAAGUACUCAGUUAUCAAUGGAGACAUGUUUAUUUUGCUGGGGCGUGUGUGUGUGUGAGAAAUGAGAUCUUAAUUACAGAGAACAUGCACUUACACAUACCUAAAUUUCAAAAAUGCUAUUUUUUUUUAAAAAGAUAAAUUAUGUUACUAAUCCUGCUCCCACCACAGUCAAUAGCAAAACUUCCACUGAUUCCCAAGGAAGCAGUAGGGGACCUUGCUCCAGGGCAAUAAGAUUCCCUGCUACUGGUCUGAAUUAAUCUGGUGACAGUGUAUGCUGAAUUUGGCAGAAUGGCCUUUUCUGUGGCUCUUGUUUUAAACAAGGUGCCCUCAUAAACCUGGAAAGAGAAAUCAGGGGUAAUGGUUUUCAGUCUCAGGCCCUCAUCAGACCAGCACCCUUCUUAUUUUGAGAGUCUGGUAACUUUCAUUCCCCAGUCUGGUGGCAGUCUAACCAGCUUCUGCCUACUCAGAUUGAUUCAGAGAACAGUGGAUUGUCACAUUUCCCCCACACUCUGUUCGAAUUCGCCUGUUUUUUGUCUUUGCUAUGCUAAGCACUUCCGCAUUGGUCUGAAAUAUGGAAAAGAAGCAGGUUUUGUCUGCUCCAUACAUCACCCAUUGUUACUUGGCCCCUAGGACCUGAACUGGCUGCCGUUUAGGGUGAAGUAUGAAUCAAAUGGGAGACACCUUGAUUUUCAGAGGCUGUGUUAACUGCAGAUCAAAUAUGACAGUGAAAUCACAGGAGAGGCAGAGAUGAUAUAUUCAGCUGCAGCAUGUCCUUUUUACAGAGUUGUCUUUCCCUUUACAGGAAUGUACUGAAGUGUUGCUCGCUUUGUAUUUUAAUUUUCUCUCUGCCUUUGCAUGCUGUUACCAACACUGUAGAAUUCAAAUGGAGUUUUGCAGGGGAGGUGGAUGCCUGCUGCAGGAGCUGCCUGAUUUCCACGACAUAAACUGCGAGCAACACAGCUGGUUUUUGUAAGUGCUUUUCUCUAAAAGAGAGGAAAGAUGACAGAGCAUCUGGACAGAAAACCUGAGCAACACUUGGGGUUAAAACAUAACCCUAUUAUGGCUCUGAUCAAAAGCCCAUUGAAGUCAGUGGGAGUCUUUCGUUUGAUUUCACUGGGGUUUGGAUCACGCCCUCACAGCCUGGGCCAGCAGAGUACUUACACAUCUUAACCUUAACCAUAGUGAGACAUGCUGAAGUGCUGUGUUACAUCAGGCUUAUUAAUCAACACCUGCUAGUGUCAUUCUCUUUAAGGGUCUGUCAAUGUUUCCAUUAAGAGCCACUCCCAGUUUUCAGAGGUGUAUAACAUGGCCAUAAAUAUUUAUUCCAGACUGAAAUGUGGAAAGCAAAACCUCCCCCUCAAAGGAAUUUGGUCUGGGGGCAGAGAGUGUUACAAACCUCUAAAUUCCAGAAUUAGGAAUAACAAUGUUUGCUAGCUCCCAGCGCUCCUGUAUGUUGCUGUAACUAAAGAAAACAUUGAUUUUUACAAAAUGGAAUUUUACAGGCUAUUUAUCCACAAAACUAUACAUGAGCUAUAAAAAGCAACUGUUUUAUGUGCACACUAUCAAACUUUACCCGAAGGCUUCUCACUGUGCAUUCAGUGUUAUGGAUCCAUAAUGCACAAACAGUUACUAAACUAAUCCAUAUUCAGAAUAGGCAUCCAAACAGCUCCACAAGAGAGCAUGCUGUGCAUGCUUGUGCAGUACUGCAUACACUGGUACUGAGUUCUGAGGAUAAUUAUUAUACUGAGGGCCAAAUUCUGCCUUCAUUUACACAAAGGUUGACAAUGAAUGGAGCUGCCCGAGCAAGGCUGGCAGUAGAAUUUGGCCCAGUCUGGCUAGGUUAUUUCUGCAUUAUGGGCUCUGAAUAACUGGCUGAAUUUUAGUGGAUCUGUCUACAUGGUUCAAAAUUAGAAGGAACCUCUGACCUCAAGAGCGUCAGUGGUAGACUUCAACAUUUGCUUUGUAAUAUAUUACAGUAACCAACACAUGAAAUGAAACUACAGAGUAUUGUUAACAGUUCACUUAAACCCACAAAAGGAAGGAGAGAGAAGUAUGAUGAUUUCUAGUGGUCUGAGCUCAGUCCAGAGUCAGAAAUGUCCAUGUUUAAAUCCUGGCUCGGACACAGCCCUUCAGCUCUGCCUGAGUUUCCCCAUCUGCUCAUUGGGAUUAACAAUACUCACUGCAAAGAAGUGUUGUGGGUUAACUAGUGCAAAGUAGUGCAAAGAUAGGGUAUGUCUACACUAUGGGAUUAUUCCGAUUUUACAUAAACCGGUUUUGUAAAACAGAUUGUAUAAAGUCGAGUGCACGCGGCCACACUAAGCACAUUAAUUUGGCGGUGUGCGUCCAUGUACUGAGGCUAGUGUCAAUUUCCGGAGCGUUGCACUGUGGGUAGCUAUCCCGUAGCUAUCCCAUAGUUCCCACAGUCUGCCCCACUCAUUGGAAUUCUGGGUUGAAAUCCCAAUGCAUGAUGGGGCAAAAACAGUGUCGUGGGUGAUUCUGGGUAAAUGUCGUCACUCAUUCCUUCCUCUGUGACAGCAACGGCAGACAAUCAUUUCACACCCUUUUUCCCUGGAUUGCCCUGGCAGACGCCAUAGCAUGGCAACCAUGGAUCCCGUUUAGCCUUUUGUCACUGUCACCAUAUAUGUACUGGAUGCCGCUGACAGAGGCGGUACUGCAGUGCUACACAGCAGCAUUCAUUUGCCAUUGCAAGGUAGCAAAGAUGGUUACCAGUCGUUCUAUACCGUCUGCUGUGCCAUUGUAAAUUGGUGACGAGAUGACGGUUAUCAGUCGUUCUGUACCGUCUGCUGCUGUCAUGGAUGCUCCUGGCUGGCUUUAGCUGAGGUCGGCCGGGGGCGCAAAGACAAAAAUGGGAAUGACUCCCCGAGUCAAUGCCUCCUUUAUGAUUUAUCUAAAAAUAGAGUCAGUCCUGCCUAGAAUAUGGGGCAAGUGUAUUAGAGAACCAGUUAUCAGAGAACCAGAGAGCACAGCUGCUCUGUGUCAGAUCCCGCAGAAAUGUUGAGCUGCAUGCCAUUCACGGUGGGUGCCCCUGCAACAACCCCACCCGUUGAUUCCCUUCUCCCCCAACCUUUCUGGGCUACUGUGGCAGUGUCCCCUGUUUGUGUGAUGAAGUAAUAAAAAAUGCAGGAAUAAGAAACGCUGAGUUUUUAGUGAGGGGGAGGCAGCCUCCAGCUGCUAUGAUAGUCCAGGCAGGACAUUAAAUGGUGGGGGGGAGAGGAGCCCAGCAUCCCGCUGCUAUGAUAGUCCAGGCAGUACAGAAUCUUUUCUUUAGACAUGAAGGGGUGAGGGGGGCCCUGAUGGAACUCAGACCCCAGUUGCUAUGAUGAGGACGGUUACCAGCCAUUCUGUACCAUCUACCGGGAAUGACUGGGAGUCAUUCCUAUUUUUACCCAGGCGCCCCCAGCCAACCUCACCUGAGGCCAGCCAGGAGCACUCAUAGGCUGAUGACGACGAUGGAUAGCAGUCAUAUUGUACCAUCUGCCACCGGGGAGGGGAGGGGAGAGGAUGCUGCUGUUCAUUGCCGCAGCACCACGUCUACCAGCGGCAUUCAGUAGACAUAGGGUGACAUAUAAAAAAGUCAAGAAAUGAUUUUUUUUUCCCUUUUCUUUCAUGGGGGUGAGGGGGGGUAAAUUGAGGAUAUAUACCCUGAAACACCCUGGACAAUGUGUUUGACCCUACAGGCAUUGGGAGCUCAGCCAAGAAUGCAAAUGCUUUUCGGAGACUGCGGGGACUGUGGGAUAGCUGGAGUCCUCAGUACCUCCUCCCUCCCUCCAUGAGCAUCCAUUUGAUUCUUUGGCUUUCCGUUACGCUUGUCACACAGCACUGUGCUGUGGCCUCUGUCUAUCAUAGCCUGGAGAUUUUUUCAAAUGUUUUCUCAUUUCGUCUUCUGUAACGGAGCUGUGAUAGAACAGAUUUGUCUCCCCAUACAGCGGUCAGAUCCAGUAUCUCCCGCACGGUCCAUGCUGGAGCUCUUUUUGGAUUUGGGACUGCAUGGCCACCCGUGCUGAUCAGAGCUCCACGCUGGGCAAACAGGAAAUGAAAUUAAAAGUUCAUUGGGCUUUUCUUGUUUACCUGGCCAGUGCAUCCGAGUUAGGAUUGCUGUCCAGAGCAAUCACAAUGGUGCACUGUGGGAUACCGCCCAGAGGCCAAUACUGUCGAUUUGCGGCCACACUAACCCUAAUCCGAUAUGGUAAUAUCAAUUUCAGCGCUACUCCUCUCGUCGGGGAGGAGUACAGAAACUGGUUUAAAGAACCCUUUAUAUCGAUAUAAAGAGCCUUGUUGUGUGGACGGGUGCAGCGUUAAAUCGGUUUAACGCUGCUAAAAUCAGUUUAAACGCGUAGUGUAGACCAGGCCAUCGAUUCUAAGUGUGAUUAAAGGAAACAAAGGAUACCUAGCCUGCUGUGGCCAGUUAUUUGGCCAAAGACCUUACACUAAUUUACUCUUAAGGGCUGGGUGCCAGGCAGUAAACUAUAGGACACAUCACUUCUCUGAAAUAGAAUUUUCUUGCUUUUGUGGGCUUAAAGGAGCUUCUUUGACAUAAUGUGAAUGUAGUUUAUUGUGAUUUAUAUGUACUACAAUUUGGAGUGGUACCAGUUUUUAGGAGCAGAUUAUUUAAUUCUACAAUAACAUGAAAAAUGUAUGUGUAGCUUUAAAAUUAAUAGACACCAUCUGCUUUAAGAAACUCCAGUGGAAUUAUUGGCCAGAUAUUUUGUUGUUGUUAAAUAUAUGCCCCUCUCUUCCAAUACAUUUCCCCUGCUGCUCCCUGAACUUUCUAUACAUUUAGAGCUUCUUAUAUACAAUGCUCCUUCAUUAAGCAAGGAAAUAUUUAAUAACAGCAAUAGGUGUAGUGAAGACAAUUGCAAGAUUCUGAGAAAGACUCCAUUGAAUUCAGUGGGAGUUGAACCCGGUCCCAGGUCAAUACAACACUUGCUAUUACAUUGUUUUCCUGCUAUGAUUGCAGGGAGCUUCCAGGGAAAGUCUUCACUGCAGUUGGGAUCUUUAUGGACUGUUAAUGGGAAUUUAUCCAAGCAGUAAUGCUUAGUGUGAGUGGUUACAUUGGAGAGAUGCACUGUUGCCACCAGUGAAAGACCAUGGCCUGACUCUCCAUUUUCUUAGAGGUUGUUGUCAUUGCACCUGUGCAAAAAGAGGUGUGACAUGCUUCCACCAGCAUGCAGAGAAUUCAGAUCCAGUAGCACGUCGCUUUCACUUUGCACAGCUAUAAGUGCAAGAACCAGGCCUCCAUGUGCUUUUAGACUCCUGAAAAGAGAAACUUCACUGCUUGAAGUGUGUUGUUGCUGAUGAACCUGAAUUUGAAUGGUUAUACUGAAUGAGAUUCCUGCCCAGACAAACACUAGCCAGCCAAUUAGAUGCCCCUUUUCGCCAUGCCCAUUGAAGAAUGUGCAGUAUUGACUGGAAAGGAUGCUGUGUCCCGUAACUUUUUGCCUAGUCAGUCGUAUCUUACAUUGUAGAGGUAGGCAGAACAUCUCACAACAAAGGAUUCUUUGUGAAUGAAAUACCAUUUAGCACAGGUCAUUUUUCUGGUCUUUAUUUCCUUUCUUCUCAGGCUGGUCUCUCUUCUAUUGCAUCCCUGCCCAAGUUUUUGUUAGAACACUGUGAAAGCAAAAUUUUGGAGUGAAUUUAGUGUGAUUCAGACUGUGUCACUCCUGCAAGCUGCAGUCCCAUGCACGGGUGCUGGAACAAUUUGUGAAGUGCUGAGAGCCACUGAACCAAACUGUAAACCCUGUAUAUGAUGGAAACUACUUCAAGCCAGAGCAUGGAGCAGCACCCCCACUAUCCCUAGUUCCAGCACCUAUAGUCAAAUAUCUAUCCACAAAAGGACAGCAUAGUCAGUAGCAUUAAAAGCCUCCAUUGUGCUUUUUGAACCUUUCUUACAAUUCAGACUCCAUGGUCAUUCGCUUCUUAGCUUUGUUCCUCUGCUGGCAUCACAAGGAAGAAAGUACGGCUGUCAAUAGCGAUGCAGACAAUUGUCCAUUAGAAACUAGAUUGAGGCACAGAGAUCACUUGAUCACUGAACAGCUAUCAGAUGGUAUUGACUGUGUUAUUACUGAGCAAGGUAUGACUUUAAUUUGUGACAGAGUUAAAAGGCUCCAUUGCCCUUUAUUACCAAUUCUUUGAGCCAGCUCCCCCCUCUGGAAUUUUUUGAAGGUAACAAAUAGGUAGCACUACAGUAAUCUGCACAUAGGCUUACUAAAUGUAGUAUUUCAAACGAUGUGUUUCAGCAUGCAGUCCACAUAAUUUGCUGCAUUCAAAUCACAGUGCUACUGGGUUAGCUUUUGUUCUCGUUUUUGUUAAUAUUAGCAUAUCAUGUUCCAGUAGCAGAAAUUAACACGAGAUUUGCUUGCUGAAUGCUAGAGCCAGGCCUUUAAAGCACAGCUCAGUUAGCAGUAGUUCCUUUUAAAGCAGUGAUUCGUGGGUCCCUCACACACAAUCAGAGUUAUCUGUGGCUGCCUGUUUGUCCUGCCUACAGGAACUCUGGCAAGGGGAACGUGGUCCUUAUAACCACCUGGGUAUUAAAGCUUGCUUUGCCCACCCUAAGGGUGGUGGUUUUCAGUACAAUUCUUAGCCAUCCAAGAUGAAAAGCAUGAUUUGCAAUCAAGUCUUUUUCUUCCCCCAGGUCCCCACUUCCUCAGCCCUUCCAGGGGUCCCUUCUACAUAUUGGAUUGAGAGAACUGUACUAUAAUUAAUUUUAUAUUAAAAUGGUUUCUGAGCAUGAUUUGUACAUAUUGGAAUAUGUUUUUAACUUAUUUUUGCCCCUUUUCAUUCAUUUUAAUUGCUUUUUUUUAAAAAACAACUCAAAUGUGAAGUUUCUGUGUGUAUAGUCUGCCAGGCAAAUGAACAGCAGCCACAGGAUUUACCACCAGUUUUAUUGGUAAUGGAUCUGAUUUUGUGUCGAUGUCAUUUGCUUUUGUCUGAGGUUUUGCUUGUGUUCUCUUUAAUUUCCACUCUGCUGUACAAGGAGUACAGCAGAGGUAAUGGACAAUGGAGACAGAGCAUUCAUUUCCUUCCCCUUUUUUGUGUGUUUUAUCUACCAAGGAACUCAGUUCUUAUCUCUAGGAGUUGUGUGACUGAGGAUAAAAACUAAAAUUAAAAUAAAACCCUUCACUCCUGUUUUCCCCGCAGUUGUAGAUCAAAUAGAUUCAGCGUCUUUUAAAAAGAAUAGUAGCUGAGGCCAUCCACCUAAGUGUUUCCAUUGGGCUGAAUCUGUAUGGUUUGCACUUUCAUUCUGGGAACUAAAAAAAUUGUUUAACUUAAGCCAAGUACCACUUAAAGCUCUAUAUAUUUAUUUAUAGCAUCCUACAAAAAGAAGUGUUAAGGUUUAUUUUCUUUUCUUUCCACAACAAAAAAAAUUGAUUCAGAAUUAAUAAUCUAAUUGUUUUUGUCUAGAUCAAGAAUGAAUGUUAGCAGAUGAAAUAAACCCUUAAACCAAG